CCCGGAAGCUUGCAACCGACCAAGCUACCGUCGGAUAAUGACAAGCUGAAACUGAAAAAUUUAAAAGGUGAAGCUUUCCUAUGGAUCAGAGGGGUCAAGCGAACAUGGAUCUCGACUAAAUGUCAACCAUCAGUUUUCGCUGCCGGCGAUUUCCCUCAGACACUGGCCUCAAGACACCCGUGGACAAACCCCUCCGACUAUCAGGUUGAGAAGGGCAGGAUGGGCAGACAGCGGAAGAGGGUGGUGACUGGGGAGGCUGCCCCUCCUCUGAGAAAAGACGAUAAGCCCCCUGCGUUCCACCGCAAGGAGAAAAAAAAGAAAAUCGACAUUGGCAAAAUUUUCAUCAACAUCUCAAUAGGCCUUUGUGUGGUCAGCCUGAUCUGGUUCUUCUAUGCCCUGUACAUGCGGUCCAGUCUGGCCAAGCGAGUCGUGACCCUGCACCCGUCACCUCGUGUUCUUGAUGCCAAUUCCAGCAGUGCCCAGGUCUCACCAGAGAGAUUCUGGGGUUCCUACAGGCCACAGGUCUACUUUGGUAUGAAAACAAGGAGUCCCAGGUCCAUUGUGACAGGUAUGAUGUGGAUGCGUCAGUUUUCGGACAUGGACGUAAUCCUGAGGCACACCUGCGAGCAAGGAGAUCGCUUGCAGGGUUACGGCUGGCUGAUGCAUGAUGGGAUCACCUUUGGCGUCCAGGAGAUCAGAGACAGCGAUUUCACACUGACCACAGAGUUUGUCAAGAGAAUGGGAGGAGAUCACGGUGGGGACUGGACUUGGCGGGUCACUGCUAAACAGCACAGCUCUGCUCCAAAGGCACCAGUCCUCUCUCUGAUGUUAUACGCAGCUGCAGAUACCCAAGGGUCACUGGAGGCUCAUGUAGAGGAGAAAAGCCGCCUUGCUUCCAUCACCGGCGUCUCCGAAGAGCUUGGCAAUUUCAAAAUCACAUUUCGAAAACCAGUCACCGGGGAAUUAUCCAGUUCUAAAUAUGCGAGUUACAACUACCUUCAGACUGUCUCUCCUGGCUUGGAGAAGCUGACCGAAAUUGUGAAGCACAGUCUGAACCGCAGGUUUGUCUACAGCCCACCAUCAGGCGAAAAGAGGCAUUACAUUGCCGUAGACACCUACAAGCCCCCGCAUCCCCAACAUAAGCCACCCGAUGCCAGGAAAGAGAGCGACUUUGUGGUUCACCAAGUCACGGUCCAAACACCGUUUCAAAUAGAAGUUCUUUUUGAGUCUGGAAGCUUUCGCAGCCGGCACGACCAGCUCGUGGGCCCGAUCAUGACCCAUGAGCUGGAGAAGAGGAAAUUUGAGUUUGACGCCAAGUUUGAGGAGACGUUUGGGCUUGAAAGAAAAGGCUACAGUCAGCCACAUAUCAGGUUAGGCAAGGCGGCACUUAGCAACAUGUUGGGUGGAAUGGGUUACUUCCACGGCCAGUCAGUGGUACAGUCCAUCUACAACGAAUACCCACUCCUGUACCCCCAAGGUGUGUUAUUCACUGCAGUCCCAUCACGCUCUUUCUUUCCCAGGGGUUUUCUUUGGGAUGAGGGUUUUCACCAACUGCUGCUGAGUAAGUGGGAUCCACAGGUGACGAGAGAGGCAGUUUCCCACUGGAUAGACUUAAUGAAUACGGAGGGCUGGAUUCCCCGUGAGCAGAUACUCGGCGACGAGGCUCACAGUAAGGUCCCUGCUGAGUUUGUAGUUCAGCGGAACGAGAACGCCAAUCCGCCCACUCUCUUUUUAGCUCUUGAAAAACUAAUUGAACAGUUUUCUUUAAAUCCGACCAGCACGGAGUCUCAGCCAACCUUGCCUUUUCUCAAACGACUCUACCCAAGACUAAAAACCUGGUUUGAGUGGUACAAUACCACUCAGUCUGGACCUUUGCCUAACUCGUACCGGUGGCGUGGACGUGACAAGGACACCAAUGUCUUCCUCAAUCCUAAGACUCUGACAUCGGGUCUUGACGAUUACCCACGAGCAUCACACCCGUCCGCCGAUGAGCGCCAUGUGGACUUGCAUUGCUGGAUGGCUUUGUCCUCCGGCAUCAUGGCUAGAAUCGCCAAGCUUUUAGGUGAACCCCACCAGGACUAUGAAGCUACCCACAAAAUGCUCACGGACAACAAUCUGCUGAAUGAACUUCACUGGUCGGUGCAGCUCCAUGCUUUCAGCGACUAUGGCAACCACACACCGGCUGUGACCUUGCAGCAGGAAAAGGUGUACAUCUCCCCCGGAGAACGCCGGCAUCAGUUCCCUGUGGCACGUCUUGUGCGCCAUGUCCGCAAGGCUCCCAAACUCCAAUAUGUCAACGCUUUGGGUUACAUUAGUUUGUUCCCUUUCUUACUACAUGUUCUCCAGCCGGACUCGCCCAAAAUAGAACACAUUCUUAAUGACAUGAAAGACCCCAAUAAGCUGUGGACACCUUACGGCCUGCGUUCUCUUUCAAAGACCGAUCCCAUGUAUAUGAAACGCAACACGGAACACGAUGCCCCCUACUGGAGGGGACCGAUAUGGAUUAAUAUGAACUACCUGGCAGUGAGAGCCCUUCACCACUACAGCAAUACACAGGGGCCAUAUCAAGAGCGGGCAGCUGCUCUUUAUGAGGAACUCAGGACUAACAUUAUCAGUAAUGUGUACAGACAGUAUGUUGAAACAGGUUAUAUCUGGGAACAGUACAAUGAUACCACUGGCAGGGGUCAAGGAAGUCACCCCUUUACUGGCUGGUCGGCCUUAACUUUGUUAAUGAUGGCUGAACAGUACUAAUAUAUUUUUGUCAGGUACUGAGUCCACAGUACAUGAUUUGAAGAAGAAAACCAAUCUAGCUUUGAUUCAUGAACAGUGUUAUGAAUAACAGCAUGACAAAAUAACUGUUAUUACCACUUCCGCGAGGUGGUUAUAUGUUCGCCGGCAAGAAAACUCAAAAUGAAACUUACAGGAAAUGUCAGAAAUAAGAUAAGGGACAAGUGAUAAAGUUUUAGGGGUGAUCCAAAUGAUUUCUACUACAUCACCUUACCUUUAGGUUACAAGCUUCAACUUUCUUGUGUGUGUAUGCUAGCGGCCACGCCUCCACCCGCAGAGACUAAAACAGUGCAGUCUGUUUUUAAGUGACAGGCCGACAAGAAACACAAUUUUACUUAUCCUUAAAUAAAUUAGGUUGUUAUCGCUGGGGUUUUGUUUUCUCCGUUAGUUGGCAACAUAGCUCACACAAUUAUUGGUGGAUUUUAAUAAAACCUUUAGGAAAUGUCAGACAUGAAAUAAGGAACACGUUUUUAGAUGUUGGGGGUAAUCCGGAUCACCGUCUACAGUCAGGACUUUUCAGAAGAAUUCUUUAAUAUUGGGAGACAGGGCCUGGCGGAGGUCUGCGUACUCUUGGUGCUUUUCUAGUUAUCGUGGUUUUCUGAUUAUGUGUAUUUUAAAUACUAUUUCAAAUGUUGCAACACUCUUACCGUUGGCAUCAGUGUGGUCAAAGAGAGACAUGGCCGUGGACUCAUUUUCAAUUGCUUUAUUAACUUGCGGCAACAAAAACAUGCAGUGAACCCCAUUCAACAGUCGCUGCUGUUGGUCCUGACUUACGCCAGUCACUCCACACGCAGACUGGUAACUAGGUAUUGGUACCGAAUUCUGUACUUUUGGAGAUACCGAGCCAACCAAAUUCCGUUGGGACUGCCGGGUACCGAUUCAUGUAAAAUCAAACUAUCAUAUUUCAAUGCCUUGGUUGCUUGCGACGUCACGUUCAGUUGCAGACUCGGCUCUUGGCUUGCAACCGAGCCCUUAGCCGGAGUGCCUCUAGAUAGUGUUACAAUUUUACAUGCCAACAAACAAAGCAAACACCCCUGAUAGAAAAUGUUCAAUAGUAAAGUUUCGCUUUUCAAAAUGUGUUAUCUCGAUUCUAAUUUACAUUGGAAAUGCCAUAUGCCAGUGUUUAGUAUACAUCAACAACAAUCCAAAAGUUCGGAAAUCGAGGUCCAGCUGUACUAGAAAGCCAGUGUUGUUUACCACCGCACUAUAAAAAUGAUGCAAGAAGAAUCCAUAAUUCUCCAUUUAAGCUCUUUUGCAAGUGAUUUUUAAGGACAAACGUAUGCAGUUGUGUGUUGACAAGAGGCCAAAAUGAACAAGUAUGACUUUCUAAAGUAUCCAUGCUCAUGUGGACAUGGCCUAAGAUGCACGUAGAAUCAAACAACUGCCGUGUAAUAAAUACAAUACUUUGUAAACAUUUUGUAGGGCUCAACCAAAGACAAGACUGGCACCUUCAACUAAAUGGCAAAUAAUACUUCCUGGCUAUAUUAACACACCAAGGACAAAUUGUACAUGCUGUGAUCCACUAUAAAAAAGUGAAACCUGUCUUCAGUUUCUUUGGCUUUAACUGCAGCAACAUUCUGACACUCUUCAAAAAUGCCCCCCCGUGUUGGAAAGUGGACUUGCAAGAAAUAACUGGACAGCUUUAAGUUGAAUUAAAACAUCUAGAUCAGGGGUCACCAACCUUUUUGAAACCAAGAGCUACUUCUUGAGUACUGAUUAAUGCGAAGGGCUACCAGUUUGAUACACACUGAAAUACAUUGCCAGAAACAGCCAAUUUGCUCAAUUUACCUUUAAUAAAUAAAUCUAUAUAUAUAAAAAAAAACGGGUAUUUCCGUCUGUCAUUCCGUCGUACAUAUUUUUUUCCUUUUACGGAAGGUUUUUUGUAGAGAAUAAAUGAUGAAAAAAACACUUAAUUGAAUGGAGAAAACACAAAAAAAAUUCAAAUAAAAUUUUGAAACAUAGUUUAUCUUCAAUUUCGACUCUUUAAAAUUCUAAAUUCAACCGAACAAAAUUAAGAGAAAAACUUGCUAAUUCGAAUAUUUUUGAAAAAAUUUAAAAAAGAAUUCAUGGAACAUCAUUAGUCAUUUUUCCUGAUUUAGAUUAAUUUUAGAAUUUUGAUGACAUGUUUUAAAUAGGUUAUAAUAUAAUCUGCACUUUGUUAGAAUAUAUAACAAAUUGGACCAAGCUAUAUUUCUAACUAAGACGAAUCAUUAUUUCUUUUAGAUUUUCCAGAACAAAAAUGUUGAAAGAAAUUCAAAAGACUUUGAAAUAAAAUUUAAAUUUGAAUCUACAGAUUUUCUGUUUGCCAGAAUAAUUUUUUUGAAUUUUAAUCAUAAUAAGUUUGAAGAAAUAUUUCACAAAUAUUCUUCGUCAAAAAAACAGAAGUUAAAAAAAAGAAUUAAAUUAAAAUGUAUUUUUUAUUCUUUACAAUAAAAAUUAAAAAAUACAUUACUUGAACAUUGAUUUAAAUUGUCAGGAAAGAAGAGGAAGGAAUUUAAAAGGUAAAAAUGUAUAUGUGUUUAAAAAUCCUAAAAUAAUUUUUAAGGUAUUUUUUCUCUAAAAUUGUCUUUCUGAAAGUUAUAAGAACCAAAGUAAAAAAAAUAAAUGAAUUUAUUUAAACAAGUGAAGACCAAGUCUUCAAAAUAUUUUCUUGGAUUUUCAAAUUCUAUUUGAGUUUUGUCUCUCUUAGAAUUAAAAAUGUCGAGCAAAGCGAGAGCAGCUUACUAGUAAAUAAAUAAAAUUCAAAAAAUAGAGGCAGCUCACUGGUAAGUGCUGCUAUUUGAGCUAUUUUUAGAACAGGCCAGCGGGCGACUCAUCUGGUCCUUACGGGCUACCUGGUGCACGCAGGCACCGCGUUGGUGACCCCUGGUCUAGAUGUUUUACCAAACAAUUAACCACACACACAAAAUACCAAAAAUUGGUACUGUUAAGUACCGUUAUCGAUUCCCAGACUCCGUACCUAAUUACAUUUAUUAAGGAGUAAAUCAGUUACUUCCAUCUAUUUUCUACUGCUUGUCCCUUUCGGGAUUGCGGGGGGCUGGUGCCUAUCCCAGCUGCACUCGGGUGGAAGGCAGGGUAGACGCUGAACAAGUCUGCACCUCAUUGCUGGGUCAACACAGAAAUUUGUUACUUAUAGAUAAACUUUUUUGGGAAAGUAACUGAAUAAUUACUUUUUUUUAGGUAACAUUGUUCAUGAAUGUACUAAUUGACCAAUGCGGGUCAGUUGUAUUGUGUAAAACAGGGGUGUCAAACUCAUUUUAGCUCAUGGGACACAUGGAGGAAAAUCUAUUCCCAGGUGGGCCGGACUGGUAAAAUCAUGGCAUGAUAACUUAAAAACAAAGACGACUUCAGAUUGUUCGUUUUGUUUUACUUUGGCCAAAAAUAGAACAAAUACUUUCUGAAAAUGUACAAAUCACGAAUAAUACUUUUGACAAAACACUUCAAAUUCUGAGGGAAAUAAUGUGUGUGGUUUGAAAAACACAACAAACUUAGACUUUGUCUCAGUGUAUCUACAAAGCUAAUAAACAUGAAGUCACAGCAUAUCUGGGAUUAACCAUUAGCCCUGUGCUAACUCAACACUCUACACACUCAGAUGUAGAAACUGUUGAAGAUGGUUGAGUUACACUCACGUUUCUCAUUUUUGACGGAGACAUUUAGGGGCAAUGAGGGCGCCAAAGAACAAUGCCUUUGAAGCAGAAGACCUAAAACUGCAGGUUUUGCAUUUCGAGUUACCACAGCUAUAUGCGCUUUACUGCGUACCUCAUGCUUGGCCCCGGUAUCAAGCAUUUGCUUGCCCAACAGAGUUGUUAUUGCGACACCCAGUGGACACAUUUAGAUCAGCAGUUUCUUUCAUUUAACAAUUUCAGUUAAAUUUUUUUUUACUUAUACUCAACUAGCGGGCCGCAUAAAACCUGUUCUUGGGCCUGAUCUGGCCCACUGGCCGUACGUUUGACACCCCUGGUGUAAAAGUAUGUACUGUACAUAGUGUAGCUAUCCUGUCUCUAUGAAGCCAUUCUUUUACAGUCGUCCCUCACCACAUCGUGCUUCACUCCAUCGCAGGUUUUUAAAGUAUUUUAUAAGUAUUUUUGGCCUAAAUUAAGCAUUUUGAAGCAUUAAACUGGCUAAAUGAACUGAACAUACUACAUUAGUAUUGGCCGCCCGACGAGACCAAACCAAUCAGCGUGGACAAUGAUUGGCGACAGAAUCCAGUCCCGCCUUUACGGGUGUAAAGGUGAAUUUAUGGGUGUUAAUUCAUGCUCAGAGGGCUCUUGUUGUGUUGAAAAAAACUUAUUUUGAAGGUUGUAAACCGUUUUUUUAUGCUGCGUUUUUGAUUUAUAAUAAUAAAUCUUACUUCGCGGAAAUUGAUUGACCACGAUCAGGACCGGAACAAAUUUACUGUAGCGAAACAUGCUGUUGUAUUUAAAUAUCAGGGAGUGGCUAUCUGCUUCUAUUAAACCUGCCAUGCAUAAAUGAA